AUGGCGGCGGCGGCGGCGGCGGCGGCGGCGGCGGCAGGGGCGCGGCGCGCGGCGAUGCCGUCACUUCCGGCCUGGGCGCGCGCGACGUCACUUCCGGGCGCGGGCCGCGCGCCGCGGAGGCCGAUGUGGGCGCGCGGGUGGCGGGCGUGGCGCCCUUGGGCGGCGGCGGCGGCGGGAGGCGGCGGAGGCGGAGGGCGCCUGGUCUCGGGCCGGGUGGCGGCGCACCUGCAGCGCCUGGCGCUCGUGGACCUGGGCGGCCCCGAGGCCCUGGCCCGGCUGGAGGCCGCCGUGGCGUUCGCCGGCCGGCUGCGCGCGCUCGACACGGCCGGGGUGGCGCCGCUCGAGUCGGUGCUGGAGGGCAGAUGUCUAUACCUGAGACCCGACCACGUAGCAGAAGGCAACUGUGCAGAAGACCUACUUCACAAUUCACGCCGAGUUGUGGAGGAGUACUUUGUAGCCCCCCCAGGUAAUAUCUCUCUGCCGGAUGAACAAGAGCCCUUCCUGCAAGAUGAGAAGUAACUCACUGGGCAUGAGCAUG